AUGGUGCAGGGACGGAGGGGACAGGGUACGCAGGCAGGGGAGACAAAACUAGAUACAGCGACCCCCCCAGCAACUGAAAGUAGACCCCUGCCUACCGUACAUGACUAUACAAGGGCAACAAGUGGUAUAUUUGUGGCAGGCAGAAUAGGAGGAUUACAGGGAUAUUUUUUAAUAGAUACAGGGGCAUCAGGAACCCUGUUGUCAAGAAAACAUUAUGAGCGUAUACCUGAGAUGCAGAGACCUGCAUUGGAAGCCAUGACGACUCUGAUCCGGCAAGCAGAUGGUACCUUGAUGAAACAGCAUGGUGGAGCUAAUAUGGAGGUACGCAUAAGUAAAUACAAAACCACAGCCGAUGUGAUUGUAGUGGAUAUGGAGACUGAUGCAAUAUUGGGGAUGGAAUUGCUGAUUACCUUAGGCUGUGUAGUGGACAUAAAGAAUCUACAGCUGAAAUUUCUUGAUGAAAUAGUCCCAUGUUAUGACUGGAAGGCCCGUACUCUUUGUGCCAGAGUGGUGCUGAGAAAAGCAGUUGAUAUUCCUCCUGGCAGUGAAAUGUUAGUACGAUGUGAUGCUAACAGAAAGAUCCCAGGCUCUCGGCAGGGAAUGGUGAUACCAACAGAUAAAAACCCGAUUGCGGAAAGAGGAAUAAUGGUGGCAAGAGCGUUAGUAUCAGAUUGUAAUGGGGUAAUACCAGUACGGUUGUUGAAUGUAACCCCACACCCGAUACAUGUAAAACAAGGCACUGCAGUGGGGAUGUUGGAGCCGCUAUCAGAGGGGGAAGGUGUGGUUACAGCAGAGAGGGAUAAAGAAAAUGAGGUACCACUGAAAGAAAAGCAACUGCCAGAAUAUUUGCAUGAUAUAUGGAGGCGGAGUACAACAGAGCUGGAUGACGGUGAAGCAGAAAAGGUAGCGGCAUUGCUGAUGAAGUAUGCAGAUGUAUUUUCCAGGGGUGAUGAUGAUAUGGGGUGUACCAAUCUGGUUAAACACUCCAUUAAUACAGGUGAGGCAGCUCCUAUUAGGCAACCCUCAAGAAGACUACCAAUUUGGCAGAGAGAGGAAGCGGGGAAGCAGGUGGAAAAGAUGCUGAAAGCCGGUAUUAUUGAACCAAGUUGUAGUCCCUGGGCUUCACCAAUUGUGUUAGUAAAGAAAAAAGAUGGUGGGACAAGGUUUUGUGUUGACUACAGGAAGCUGAAUGAUGUAACAAUUAAAGAUGCGUAUCCAAUUCCCAGCAAUAGAUGA